AUGAGUCUUGGUGUAUUCAACAGUUCCAAGACAGACCAAAAUCCGGAAAAAAAUGUCAGGACUAAUUGUGCAGAAGAUCAACCACACAUAGCACCGAAAUAUUCUUCGUUAUGCCAUCCGAAGAAAGUGUUGUCGAGCAAAUUGUCAUUAUCUAAGCGAAAUCCAAUUUUUAGUUCAAAAUCCUUACUUAAAAUCAAGCAGUCCAUUGAUCAUGGUAAUUUGGGUAAACCACCAAUAGAAAGCAGUAAAAAUCCUAAUAAUAAUAAAUUCAAAGGAGAAUUAACACGAGGGAUGAGAACAAAUGAUAACCAUGAAGACUGGAUCUCCGAGGAAAACAACUACUCUGAAAUCGAAGAUAACAACGCUAACCGUGAGAGGAACUUAAACGAGGACGUAAUUGAGGAUUGUGAAGAGGAGGAAGAUGAAGAAUCGGAUACGCAUUCAACAGAUAAAGAAUUGGACAACACUGGCGUACAGAGUUCUAAACGAUAUUUACCAAGGUCUGCAUUUCACACAGUGAAAAAAGAAAAAUAUGGUUUACCAAGCAUCCGGGAAACUAUCACGCGUCUCCAAGGCAAAGAGAUGUUACAAAAAGCUCAAGCAAUAGAAGCGGAAUUUUAUGAACGUUUAAUUGAACUCAGAAAAGAAAAUGAGAUUGAAGUAGCAAAAAUUGUGAAUCGAAAAAACGCCGAAUUAAUUGCUGUUCAAAAAACUGCAGAAUUAAAACAUCAUGAGCUACGUGAAGCUGUGGAUAAAUUAGAAAAUCAGUUAUCUGAGGCCAUGAAUAAUGCUGAUCAAACAAAACGCGAUUCUGAAGAAAAAAUGAACCAGUUACAAUCCCAAUCCAGUGAACAACGUGAAUUUCUUAUUCGAGAGCACGAAGAAACACUAAGCAGUUUAAAAUCAGCUAACGAAUCUGCUCGAAAAGAAAUAGAAAGGAAUAAAUUAUUGACACAAGAAUUGGAAUCACAAUUAAGAAUAGAAUGUGGACAGAGUAAAAGUUUACAAGAAAAAUUGACAAAGUUAAUAAUUGAAAGAAACGAAGCACAAGAUGCUAUGAAGACCGAAAUAGAAAAGGAAAAAGAAACAUCUAAGAAGCUAAAACAACUGCAAUGUGAUUUUGAUCAAAUAAAUCAAAGAAAUAUAACCUUGGAAUCUAGAUAUAAUGCUUGUGUUGAAGAUCACCAAAAUGAACUGAAACGAAUUCGUUCAGAUCACGAUAAGCGUAUAACUGCUAUGGAAUCGGAACUAACAAAGAAUGAAGAAAAGUACAAAGUUAACUUAGAAAAUAUUAAAAAGGAGUUUAAUUCUAUACUGGAAGAAAAUCGUUUAUCAUAUGAACGUCAGUUAGAAACGAAGAUUAAAGAAGCUGAAACAUCUGGCUAUCAAAACUGUUCACGAACUAAGGAUGCUGAAAUAAAACUUUUGCAUCAGAGGAUCAGAGAGGCCAGAGAAUUAAAUGCAAAUAAUGAAAUAAAGUAUCAGGAAAUUAUAGGUCAACUGAAAUGUGAUAUCACCAAACUGAAUGAUGACAUCAAAGAGUUAAAAGGUGUUUAUGAAUCCAAAGAAAAUCACUUAUUAACAACCAUAACAAAAUUACAGGAACAACAAGAAAUAAUACAUAACACUUCUGUAAAUGAUAACGCAUUAAAUUCAAUCCAAGCAAAUUUUGUAAAUGAAAUGAAUCCAUUAGUCGAGUUAAUUAGUGAGAAAUUAUCAAAUCAAAUCACCCAAUGGAGACAACAACAAAUACAAGAAGCGGUUACAUUUGCAAAACAAGAGGAGGUGAAUCGUUUAGAAAGUGAAUUCAAACAAAAAGAAAGUGUAAUACGUAAUGAGUUAUUAUUAAAGAUAGAAGAUGUUCGAAAUGAAAAGAAUCGAAUGAUUGAAACACUUACUAGAGCAUUAGAAGGCUCAAAAUUAGAGGUAGUGAAACUUCAAGCUGAACUUAAAGAAACUAGACGUAUUGCCCUUAAAGAAGUUGAUCUAAGACGUGAACAGUUAUCAGAAAUUAGUUUAGCUCGAGAAGCAGAACGUAAGGAAUUAAUUGCAGAACAUGAACGUGCUAUGAGUGAAGAACAACGUAAAAGUCAAGAUAGUAUAAAGCAGCUGAAACAGAAACAUGCUGAUGAAUUGAAGUCAGUAUCUUCGCAGGCUGAUGAAAAGUUGAUUGAAAUGGAAAAAGAAUACAAAAAUCGAUUCAAAGAAGCAAAUAAGCGGCUGAAUGAGAGUCAGGGAAAGAUAAAUGAAUUAGAUAUUGUAUUGCAAGGAGCUUUACAAGAAAGAAAACAUAUACAAGAAGCUUUGUCCCAAUCUCAUCAAACUGAAAUUGAACAGAUCAAAUAUAAACAACAACAAGAAAUACUGAUUUCUAUUGCUUUACAUAAGAUAGAUGAAACAUACUUGUAUGUUCAUAAUAGUCAAGUCAGAAUAGUCGAUUGCAACUACUGGUUAAACUGA